GUGCUCUCUCUCUCUCUCUGCAAGCUUCGACUUUGACUUUACCCUCUCUCUCUCUCUCUCUCUGUGAAAAACGCCUAUUUUUAAGUGUUGGGUGUGCGAUCUGGGUCUCUGAGAAGCAUUGGGGUUUGACGCUUUUGCAAAUUUGAGAUCUUCGUAGUUUUUUGUUCUGGAAUUGGGUCUGAGCGCUGUCUGGGUUUUUCAGUGGCCUUGGAAUAGAGGAAGACUGGUGCGAUCUGUUUUGAGGAGAAGAAGAGAACAGCAUGCGGUGGUGUUUGAGUCUCUCUGUUGAUGUCUUCCGCAAAGUCAUCUCAUUGAAUCUCUAUUGUAGAGUUAUUCUAUAAUUCCUUCAAUCUUAGUCAGACCCCUCAAGCUUUCUCUACCUUUUUUUACCUCACUCUAUUUUUUUCAAUGGGAUCAAGCUUCUUUGUUGUUGUUCCUUGUUAUGUCCGCCAGAUUAGUUGAAUACUAGUUAACCUUGUUCCCAUAUUUCCUUUUGAAUCGCUUUUUUUUUCGCAGUAGAUUUCUUUUUCUGUUCUAUUUUCCAAUUCAACUCCUUGGUUACCGAUAUUGGGUUUCUAUUUCUUGGUUAUAAAGAUCUGGUUUUCUGUUAGAUUGGUUUCUCUCUGGUCAAAGUUUACGGACUCUUGAAGGCUUUGUGUUCUCUAGGACAGUUGGGUUUCUUUUCCUCAUAGUGAAGGGUUGGAAAGUAGUUAUGGUAAGCCAAGCAGCGAGCCAGACAAGAUUUCGGGCUACGAAACACGAAAGUGGGAUUGCAGGGUGCGCGACCAUUAUUGUUAGAGUAAUAGCUUGCUUUCAACCUCUCCAGGACUGCCAGGUGAUUGUUUUGGUUGGAUGGGAGGAGACUGUGGAACCUGGUUUCCUCCGCUGGAUUUUCAUUGGCAAUCAUCCAAUUUGAAUUCAUUGGGUGCUCCCCUUGACAUGGGGCAGCAAAAUCCCGUCUCUGCAUAUAUAAACCCUGGCACUAAUAUGGCUUCGACAAAUGGGACUUUGCCAGUAUAUGCAUCUUCUAAAGUACUGCCUCAUUCUCGGUUAGGCCAAGCAAAUGAACCUCAUGGUUGGUUUUAUUGUUUGCCUCGAUUCCGGCAAUCCUUCACACCUUACUCGAACUACACCAUUGGCGAUGGUAGAUUUCCUGCUGACCCUUGUCAGAGCUGCAGGGAGGCCAUCACACCCAAUGCAGGGUCUGAUUGUUGCCAGAAGAGGUUUGUUGUUGUUGAUCAAUCGAGGGACCAAACCACUUUGAUCUUUAGUUCUGGGAUUGGGUCUCCUGUCCAGUGCCUUACUUCUAUGAGGCCAAAACCUAAUGCUGCUUGUAAUAUGAAUGGGGAAGAUCUUGGAAUUAAAAGAGAUUCGAAUUAUCUCUCAGGACCAAUACUGACAGACGAAUUUAAUGAAAAUCCCAGAACUGACAUGCAAAGUGAGAUGCAUGAAGACACAGAAGAACUCAAUGCCUUGCUUUACUCAGAUGAUGAGAGCGAUUAUACUGAAGAUGGUGAAGUUACUAGCACAGCUCAUUCACCCUGUAUGAUGACACCUCAUGAUAAGAAAGAUUGGUGCGAGGGAAGCACUGAAGAAGUUGCUAGUUCUGCCGGGCCAACUAAAAAGCGGAAACUGUGUGACGGAGGUUAUGAUAGUUUACCAUCACUGAUGGACACUGCAAGUUCUAUGAAACCCGGCGGACCCUUUGAAGAAUAUGAAGCGGAUGCGGAAUCCAAUUGUGCCAAUGGCAACAACGAAGGGUCAGGAGAAAUGGGUUCUUCCUUAUCAGGCAGCAAGAGGAUGAAGGAGAAAAUACGCGAGACUGUGAACAUUCUGCAAAGCAUGAUUCCUGGUGUUAGGGGCAAGGAUCCGAUUGUGGUUCUUGAUGAAACUAUACAUUACUUGAAAUCAUUGAAGCACAGAGCCAAGGCUUUAGGACUCGAUGCUCUGUGAGAUGCAGGAUUAUUUAAUUUCCUAGUAGUAUUAUUAAGUAGUACGUGGCAUUAUCAGUUCUAAAUGGCAUGUUGGGUGUUAAUUUUCACUGCACUGUUGGGAGUUCCCUGCAAUGGAGAUAAAAUUCAGAAACAGUGGAGAGAAAGCUUGAAUGCAUACACCUUGCCCCAAGUCUUUUUCUUGAAUGAUUUAAGUUGGAAAUCAGCAGCAGCCUUGGCUUGUAGAAGAGGUGCGGUAUAUUAUGUCCCAAUAAAAGGGUGGUGAAUCAUUAAGUCUUUAUCUUAGGGUCUAGAGAAAGUAAUACUGAUCACACCUGGGCGUGGGGUGUGGAUGAGAAGACUGGUUGUUGUUCCGGGAAGGGGGUGGACCCAGAUAAGAGGAGAGCGAGCGUGCAAGCCCCAUGGGUGCCUUGGGACCCAUUUUUACACUUUCACUUUCCCACUCUUUUUGUAUUCUUGUCAUGUUUAAUUGCUUGUGGGGUUUUAUCUUUUUCCUUUGAUGUAGAAAUCUGCACCAGCCAAAAAGCCGUCCCACUUCAUCAUGCAACUUGCUGGAGGGCCCCUCGAUUCACCAUUUCACGCAAUCCUUUUGUCCUUCCAACUCUCUCUCUCUCUCUCUCGCGGGGAUUUAUAUUUGAUUUCCCUUGUUUUUAUGGCUUAAUGUAAUUUGACGCUGUUGUGUUUUGUUAA